GUGUGUGAAAGCCCCUUUGUUACCACAGAUAACUCUAAUCUUUCUGGAGGCAUGUCUAUAAACGUGUCCCAUCCCGGUAAUGAGAUGUUUUCUCUUUAACUGAUCACCGGUUGUCGGUCAGAUCAGCUGAUCGCCUCAGCGACGCGCCGCCGACCACAACAGCUAGCGCUAGCUAACCAUAGCUGCUAGGAGAAGUUAUGACAGGACCUGCCGGGUUAACAGCACAUGAUAAGGUCCUGGCUGUGGUGAGCAACUGAGAGCAUCUGGCCUCCAACCAGACUGAAAGCUCUGAGUGAAGACUAACUAUGCCUUAUCUCUGAGAAUGGGGGGAAGUGGAUCCAAAGCCAAAGGUGUCUGGCCUUUCUCAGGCAGCGGAGGUGGAGGUGAUUCAGGAAGCGAAGGGAACGAGCAAUCCUUGGCCCGGCUGAAGGGCUCCAGGAAUGCAACACCGUUUGUUUUCACCAGGAGGAGCUCGUUGUACUACGACGAGGACGGCGACCUCGCUCAUGAAUUCUACGAAGAGACGGUGGUGACGAAAAAUGGCAGAAAAAAGUCCAAGUUGAAGAGGAUCCAGAAAAAUCUGAUUCCGCAGGGAAUCGUGAAGCUCGACCACCCCUGUAUUCAUGUAGACUUCCCCAUUGUCCUCUGUGAGGUGUGAACGGCUGCACAGGACUGAUCUACGAUGAGGUGCAGCCGCAGAAACUCUUCUCGGAGCGAAGUCGUGUUCCAUUCCCGGGGGUCGAGACUGGAACGGAGGUCCGGAGGGAAAAAGGAAAACUGUCACCUAAAUUGAUAUAUUGAAUGAAAUGUUAUACAUUUGAAUUCAACUACGGUCCGAGCGUGCCCUGUUCACUAAAACCCACAUUUUGACAUUGAAGUAGUGUCGGUACAGGUCGUGUUUCCGCUACCCAGCUGAUAUGUAAGCAGUCUUUGAGAGAGCAUCAAACUGAGCUGUAUUUCUCCUGUGAGGUUUUUUUUUUGUUUGCAGGGAAAAACACGUCUGAUGUGAAAAGGCUUUAACGGUUCAUGCCUUCUGUGAGACGUAGAGUGUUAGACUCUGUGUGUGUCGUCGUACGUGUACACGUGUUAGUUCUGUUCUGACAGGAUGUGUGAACGAGGGAUGUGAGAUGUGUUACCGGCGUGGGAGCAACGAAGGAUUGUGAAAUUUAUUGUAUAUACGGUCAUGUUCUGUAUCGUCACGUCUGAGUCUGUCUCAGUUUCUGGAGCUCAGACCUGCACUAGUGAACAUAAUGUACUGUAAAUACCUUCAGAUUUCUUAGUUGGAAAUACUUGAAUAAAUGGUUUAUUGAGCUGAA